AUGGCCAAGGCUGAAUUUCUGCACUGCCCAACUGAAAAUGAACCUGAUAUCUCCAACCACUUUUUUUCUCUGGAGUUGGAAAGCUGGGAGCCUGAAGAUGAACUUUGGUUGCAGCAUCAACGUCACUCCCCAGCUUAUACGUUCCUUGCUUUGAAAGCUGAUGUAUUAGAUCUGACUGUGGAAGAGUUCUUCAGAUUGGAAAUGGAGUGGCUGAAGUUAUACAUGAAGGAAGUUGCUGCGGAGCAAGUGAGUACAUGUCAAGAAUCAGUUAAAGCUGCAACAGUUAAAGUUCUGGAAAACUUGACAAACCCCAAGUUUAAUGCUGUUCAGAAGAAGUGA